GUUUGUUGCUUGUGCGUCCCGGCGCGCAAACAAGUGAAAGAGAGUCAGUCAGUCGCAAAGGCUGAAGAAGAAGACGAUGGCAUGUUCAGGAAAUCAGCAAAAGAGGUUGAAAACCGAAGAGGUAACGAGUGACGCGAUGGAGGAACAACAGUACAUGAUAAUUAAGGUUGUAAGAGAUGAAGAUAUCCGGAAUGACAUUGGGAAAACCAGGUACUUUGAUCUCGCAGAUCAUGACAAAGUCACGAGCUUUCGUGUUCCAAACCUGUUAGUGUUUCAAACUCUUCAAGCAACGCCAGUGACUUCUUCAGAGGAAAAUCGACUGGUGAUAGAGCUUCAACAAUGGGUGGCAAAAAGUCUCCGGAUCUAUAAUGCAAAGCUGUACUUACUCUUGGAAGUUGAAAGAGAUGGGACGAAUCUACAACCCGUUCCCCCACCUGAGAAGCUGCAAGGAGAUAUACUCCUCUUUUUUAAGGUUUAUGAGCCAGAAAAUGACGAGCUACGUUAUGUUGGAAGACUAUUUGUAAAAGGAGGCGGUAAGCCAGCCGACAUUUUGACGAAAUUGAAUGAGAUGACUGGCUAUCCUCCAGAUCAAGAGAUUGAUCUGUAUGAGGCCGCAGCUGUACAUGCAAGUGUUGCCUCCCUGAAGAAGGAGCUUUGCGAGUCUCGUUCAGAGGCUAAACGCUUAAGAGAUCAUACUCAGAAGUUGGAAAAGGAAGAUCAGCUUUUGAGGCAAUGGAGAGACUUAGGGAUGCGAGGGUGGGAAGAAGCUAAUGCAAAGGCCAACAGGAAGGCGCGGAUGGAGGCCAGGGACUUAACCGAGCAGCUGAAGAUGGCGCAGGAGCGAUCCUCCGGCCUCGAGGCGCAGGUUCGAGAUGCGGUGGGGCGACUCGUGAGCUGUGCUACGGAGCGGGACCAGUUGAAGGCAGCUCUGGAGGAAGAGAGGAUCGGGCGGAAGGAGGAUCAAGCUGCAUUGGAGCGGGAGAGAGCAGAACUGGAGCGUGUGAAAUUGGUUGCUGAGAGGACAGAGCUUCGUCAGCGGUUGAUGAGGGAAAGCCAUGGCCGUCUGGGCAAGGCAUUGGAUGAGUUCUAUGGCCUUGCUAAGGAAUUAAGCAGAGAUUUUGAAGAUGAAGAGGAAGGGAACCUGUGAGGGAGAUGGGGGAAGGAGAAAGAUGAAGAAGAAGCAAACCAAAGGGAAAAAAGAAAUAACUAGAAUUUCUAUUUUUUAUUUUUCUGUCAGGGACCUGUUUUACAGUUUUAGUGAAAAUGAUUAUGGGCUUUUUGUCUGAGCGUGUUUAUUGCGGUUGAACCAAACUCCGACCUUGUUAUUCUGGUUGGGCCGGGCUGAUUAAUGCACUUUUUAUGAGCUUUGCUA